AUAAAUGAUAUUAGAUUAUUUCAUAAUUUAGUAAAUAAAUCAUUUUAUUUAAAACGAUUUUUAAAGAAUAGAAAAGGCUUUAAAAACUGUGAAAAGAUUUUCCCAAUUCUUGAUCAAUAAUGGAUUCAGAUAUUCAAGAACAAAACCACUUAACGCCUAAAGAAAUCACAUUUUUCAACAAUUUUGACGGAUUGAAUCCUUAUCACUCAGACUUCACUCUCACCGAUAAUACAAAUUUUGAGAAUACUACUACUACUACGAGGUUCGGAACAUCCCCACUUUUCGAAGAAAAUACUAUCGAUCAACCCCCAGAUACCGCGGAACGACAUAGCCCCAUUUUAAAAGAUUUGCAGGAUUCGUCAGAUUCACGCGUAAAUACACCCGAGACUUCACAGAAUAAUACGUCGUACUUUUCGGCUACCAAAGAUAGUCUCACGAAUACUUACGUGAACGAAACGAACGAAGAACCAUCUCAACAUCUCUAUUCCUUAGUCAGUUGUGAAGAUCAUUUAUUGGAUUAUCGAGACGAAGACUUUGGCUUAAUAAAUAAAGAGAAUAAUCGUGCUAACACGCUUGAACAAGACACCCUCACGCACCAUUCUCUUAAUUCCGGCGAUCAUCAUAACAAUCGGAAUUUCGCAAGGAUCUCAAAUCCAACCCACGAUUUAUUUAGCGAGCAAGAUUAUAACACGAUCCCACUUUCAUCCUCCCCAUCUUUACCUAUUAUAGAAGAUAACAAAGUGUCAGACAUGGAAACCUCCAACUUUGAACAGUUCCAACACACCAAUGGCUCCCAAGAGCUUCACAAAUCCCUAAAAUACGAUAAUAAUAAUAUUGGUAUGUUACCAUCCCAAAAACACGAUUCGCUCCUCCAUAACGAGUACGUUACGAAUGGACACGGUAACUCUCUUCCACAGGAAAGCGUUAAAUUCACUCUCUGCCAGGAGGAUCCAACCCACUUGGAUUCACAUUCCGAUGCCUGCAAGAGUAAAUCCAAUGCUAACGACUCUAAUUCUCGAGGAAGUCAGAAUUUAUCACCGGUUCUCAAAGAAAAAUCAUCUAAUUCGCAGUCUAUAAAGGAGUUGACGGACAUGAUAGAAAAGGUGAACUUGAACAACGAGGUCCAAAUCAAUGGCGUGGCCGGAGACACGCUCAUGACUAACGGUCACUCCGAUUAUUACCACCACCAAGAAAGUCAAAAGGAAAAUUGUCAAGAGAUCAACCACAAAAGCAUAUGUACGGGGGACAACGCAUCGCCUAUCAAAAAGCAGCAACACUCCAAUAAUGAUCUUAAAUCGCCGCUCACUCCUCACGCUAACGCUAAUAAUCUCAAACAAGGCUCAAAAUCGGCGACUCCUAAAUUGGGUGGUAAAAGGGCAGAUUAUUCUCACGUGAAGUCCAAAUGCGGAUCGCUAUCUUUCGUUAAAACCUGUACCGUUACAUCGCCUGCUCUUAAUGAAACUCAAAACAAAGAGGACAAGAAAACUGGAAACGCCAAAAGGACCAACACUUCUCUUAAUUUGUCAAGCGGGAAGGGGACCAACGAACAAUAUCUCAUGCACAAAUCUGUCAGCCAACAACCCAAAACCAAUGGACUUUCCCCUUACAAGAAGCCAGAUUACUUGAAGAACGUGCAAAGCAAGAUUGGGUCCUUGCCUAUCGGAAUAGCAACACCUCACCUUACUAAUAAGGUCAUGAGCAACAGCGACGAAAAUCAACCCAAGCCUAAAAAGACGAACAUUUCCACGACCGCGAAUAUAAACUCGAAAAUUAGCGACCUUAAGAAUAAAGUUAAAUCCAAGAUUGGGUCUUUAGAAAAUGCUUCCUACACUCCUGCCGGGGGAAAAAUUAAAAUUCAAUCAUACAAACUAGACUUCAAGGAUAAAGCGGCCUCGAAGGUACAAUCUAAACCAGUGGGCAAUCUUAAAAGUCCUUUGAUGAAUACGAAUGACGUUCAACUAGUGACAGCUAAUCAAUAAAACUUUCGUUUAUUUCUAACCCCUUUUGUUCAUUUACGAAAAUAACUUAAAAUUUUGAUUUCUGUAGAAAUUUUACAUGUUUGUAGUUUAUAUAAUUAAAUAUAUUUUUAUUUCCUUCACAACGUUUUACUUUUAUAUAUAUUUUUUUUCUUCAAAUUUCGAAUAUUGUCUCCAUAUAUCAUGUCAAUGCUUUUUUUUAAAAUAAACCUUCAGCAUUCAUUCUUUAAAUGUUUUAGUAAUGAUUAUAUGCGCCAAAAAAGCAACUGUGGUGGUAAGUAGUAAAUUUUAGCUUGGCAUUUUCUUAUUAUACAAGUUUUUAUAUAAUUAAUCUCGUUAUGACUAACAAUUUUGCCCUAUUAAAUUGUUAUAUUAUUAUUAUAAUCCAAAUUUAAUUCAUAUAAAUUUUAAUAUUAUGGAUGUAUUAUAUUUUCUAAAAUAUUUUUUUUCAAUGCAUUAGUUAUAUGUACACACACAACACAAAUGAAGGUUAUAUAUUGGAU